GAUAAAAUAAUAUAACAUCUCAAAUUAGUUGAUAUUUUAAAAAUCCCAACAGCCUUAGGUUUGUAGGUGCGGUGUGUUGCAUGUAGUUCACCUUUGUUAUUCCAACAGUGUUUUGAUAAAAGUGCGCGUUAAGUAUACAAUAACCUGGAUACAUACGUGUAAAUUAACGAUGCAGUUACGAACAUAGUGCAAACAACUCCUACCAAUGUAAAUGUAUACAUCUGCACUUUUUCGAAAAUUUGAACUGCGACUUUGCCAAUAGUAAACAGACCCUAGUACCAGAAGUAACGUUUCGAAGUGGAGGGCUGGCUAAUGCACCGGAGCAGCUGCGCCGGGCCCGGCGGCUCUGGCAGCAGCAACACCAACAUUGGUGGCUCGGUGAAUGACUUCGAACAUCACCGUCAUCACCAUCAUCAUCAUCAUCACGUCGCGACAGCUAUGACGAAUUCGGCGGCUUUUCACUGGGGGGCAGUUCUGGCCGGGGGUAUGAUGCAGCCACCAUCGGGUGCUGAAUAUGCACCAGCGCCAGCUCAUCACCCGGCCUCCGGCGCAGGUCAUACCUCUAUGCCCAUAGAUCUGCACGUCUCUCAAGCAUUUCCUUAUUACAGAUAUCGCGACGAUGCGCUCUGCUGGACAGAUCGGAAACCGUCAAUGGAUGAUGUUGGCAAUCCAAAUUCAGUCAAUGCACGGUCAACCAUCUCACCUUACAUCUAA